AUGUCAUGUAAUAAAUGGAGAACUCAAAAGCUUCUUUCUGAGUCAGUUGAAGAGUGGUUCAAGAAUUUAUCCGACAAAACAGAUGGAUAUGAAUUAAAGGACAUUUUUAAUGUUGAUGAAACUGCUCUUUUCCUUAUGCCUGCACGAACCUUAGCUUUCAAAGGUGACUACUGUCACGGAUCUAAGGAAAGUAAGGAACGUUUCACAGUUUUACUCCGUGCAAAUGCUGAUGGUAGGGGAAAGAUGACUCCUAUAUUUAUAGGAAAUUCACAAAAACCAAGGUGCUUCAAAAAUAUUACAACUCUGCCAUUAAAAGCUAAUAUGAAAGUUUGGAUGGUUAUGGACAUUUUUACAGAAUGGCUCAAGACGAAAUUAUGA